GUAAAUAUUAUUAUAUAAUAUAUAUUCUGACUAAAUCAGUCCAUAUAUCAAGCUUUAUUUAUUGAUUUCUACGAUGGAGGAUUUAAAGUUGAAAGGGAAUGAGGCUUUUAAAGCCGGAAAGUACAAGGAGGCGAUUGAUUGGUAUACCAAAGCCAUCGCCACGAACCCCAAACCAGAAGCCGCCGGAAGCCUGUACUCCAACCGCGCGGCCUCCUGGCAGUUUCUGGGGGAGUUCGAGAAAUCCAUCGCGGACUCCGAGAUGUGCAUCCAAAUGCGUCCGGACUGGCUCAAAGGCUACUUUCGAAAGGGAACCGCCCUCCAAAGCCUAAACAAGCUAGACGAAUCGCAGCGCGUCUUCCAGGAGGCGCUGAAGGUCGAGCCGACCAACCAGGAGGUAAUGGACAAGCUCCAGGCCCUCAACCACCUGCUGCGGAAGCGCAACCAGACGAUGAAGCCCGCCGCUUGCAAGACGCUGGAGGACGCCAAGCGCCUUGGCAAUUCGCUCUUCGUCGAGGGCAAGUACGAGCUCGCCGCGCAGUUCUACACCCGCGCGAUCGAGCUGGAGACGGCGGCGACGAAGGAGAAGGCGGUAUGCUACGCCAACCGCGCCGCGUGCUUUCAGCAGACGCACUUGUACGCGCUGAUGGCGGAGGACUGCAGCGCCGCGAUCGCGAUUGACCCGGAGAACGUCAAGGCCUACAUCCGCCGGGGAAUCGCCCACGAGGGCAUGGAGAAGUGGAAGCUCGCGUUGGAGGAUUACAACACCGCCAAGCGGUUGGCGCCAAGCCUGGCGAGCGUUUCGCAAGGCGUGCUUCGCUGCCAGCGGGCCGUCCGAGGGUGA